UGGUCUAGGAUGGCCCCGGUGAAAGCCCCACUGGUCUGCCUCUUGCUGCUAGGGCUCCUGGUGCUCCAGGCCCACGUCUGCCCUGCCCCUUGCCGCUGCUACAGCCUGACCGUGGAGUGUGGUUCUUUGGGGCUGAAAGACAUCCCGGGGAGCAUCUACCCCUCCACCCAGACCAUUUUCCUGCAGGACAACAGCAUCACCCAGAUCCGCCAACAAGACUUGGCUUCUCUUUUGGACCUCCAGUAUCUCUACAUGCAGAACAACACCAUCUCAGCCCUGGAGCCAGGAGCCUUCCACAACCAGAAUCGGCUGCUGGAACUGGCUCUGAAUGGCAACCGGAUCCAUCUGAUCAACAGCAGCAUCUUUAAGGGGCUGGAGCACCUGCGUGUCCUCUAUCUCUCUGGCAACCAGAUCACCCGACUCCCUGAUUUCACUUUCAGUGACUUGGAGAGGCUGCAGGAACUUCACUUGCAAGAGAACAGCAUUGAGACUCUGGAGGACCAAGCACUGACCGGGCUGACCUCGCUAGCCCUGCUGGACCUCAGCAAGAACAACCUGCGCACCAUCAGCCGGGUGACCUUGCGGCCUCUCAUCAGUCUGCAAGUGCUGAGGCUGACAGAGAAUCCGUGGCGAUGCGACUGUGCCCUGCACUGGCUCAGCAGUUGGAUCAGAGAGGAAGGGCAGAGGCUCUUGAGUCCACUGGACAAGAAGAUUGAGUGUUCGGAGCCACCACGCCUGGCCUACCAAAGCCUAGCAGAUGUCUCCGGCAACAGCUUGAUCUGCAUCCCUCCUGUCGUGCAAGUGCAGCCCCUCGAAAUAAUGGCCCGGCUGGGUGACGACUUGCGCGUCUCCUGCCAGGCCUCGGGCUACCCGCAGCCCCUAGUGACAUGGCGUAAACUGGCCCAUUGGCGGGCAGGGGGCUCCAAGGGAAGCCGGGCCCGGCUGCUUGGUGGAACCUUUGAGCUGAGUGAGCGCAGCGUGGGGGAGCGCUUUGAGCAGUCAGACACUGGCAGCGGGAUGCUCUUCCUCAACAAUGUGACGGUGUCCCAUGCCGGUAAAUAUGAGUGUGAGGCUUCCAAUCCAGGUGGUAUGGCCCGGGUGCUCUUCCACCUCAUGGUUAACCUCUCCCAGCAGCAGCAGCAGCAGUCGCAGGGCUACCCGACUUCAGUAGACAUUAGCCAAGAGCCCCUCUACGACAUGGAGAGCAUGGAGUUCCAUGCCCUUGGCAUGGCCACCCAGACUGCCAUUGCUGUGGCCAUCUCCCUGCUAGCACUUGUAGCCCUCUUGCUGGUGAUCAUGAUCUACCGGAAACACCGCAAGCGGAAAAAGGCCAAGAAGGAGGAGAACAUCCUGUACGUCAAUGACUAUUCCGAUGGGCCCACCACUUUUGCCCAGCUGGAGGAAUACCGCGAUGAGAGGGGCCACGAAAUGUUUGUCAUUGACCGCAACAAGCCCCUCUUUGCUACCUAUAAGGACCCCCAAGGCUUGGCAGGGGUCUUCCCGGAUCAGCUGCAAGAUCAAGCUACUCAGACUCUGGAAGGGGAAGAGGACUGUCCCCCAGAAGCCAGUGAGCUCUUUGCCAACCAGGGACUGAUGUUCCAGCCUCAGAUAGCAUACGAAAUCCACUGCUGAGUGGAGCUACUGAGCCCUGGGGUGGAUGGACCUCCAAUGGAGCUGUUUCCUUGACCUCCUCCCACCUCUCUCUGCUAAGUCUGCUUUCUCUGUGAGUUCAGGGUCCUGAGAGGAGCAACCUGUAAUGUUCUGUUGACCAUCCCCAUGGGUGCAGAGAGGACUCUUGGAUGUGCAGCGAGGGAUAUCACCCUGUGGGCAUGUUCUGCCCUCACUGUAUUGACCAUCGCCAUUGCGUUCUUGGAGUUUUCCACUGCUCUCUGAAAAGACUGGGGAGCAAUUCAUGAGGCCCCACUCAAGCUCACCCUCGAGUCCGAAAGUAUAACACACAAGAAUAGCUUUGCUAGAAGGGUCGUCUUAGUCCAGCAUUUUGUUUCUCACUGUGAUCAACCAGAUGCCAGAUGGCACUCACAAGCAAGAGAUGGAUAUGCUCCUCCUCCUCCUGACAUUGUUCCCCAGCAUAUAGGAUGUGGAGGCACGUUGCCCCCAACCUGGAGGUCUUCAGAACGAUAGACCUGUCAAAAGCACGAUAGGGCAGCUGAUGGACAGCAGCAGAUUUGACCCCUGAACUUUUCCCAGCAGUCAGCUGUGACCCUCCCCAGGUGCUCUGCAACUGGACAUUAGGACCUGCACGCUGGGCUUUCGGUCACAGUCAGCAAAGGAAGCGCAGCUUGAAAAAAAGUCACAGUUCUAUAAAGACGGCUGGGCGAGACGUUCACUGUGCAAAUUUGACCAACCCACUUGUGGAGAGACUUCAGUGACGAUGGACAAUCUUCUCAGUCCCUCGUGCAGGCUGAGUUGGUUAAGUGGAAAUUCUGUUUUUUUGGUUUGCCUGUCACUUUUUUUAAAGAGAUAAAAAUAAUGCCAAUCAUGAGCAGCAAAGCUGCCUUUGUCGGCCCCACGGGAAACUCCCUCCUUACCUCAACCUCACCCUCCUCUGUAAUGUGACAGCUCCUUCCCCCCACCAGUCCCAAAACCAGAGAGAACAGGGAGGCUGUGUAGUUGCGCCAGGAAAAAAAGGCUGCGUGGGUGACUUGUUCGAGCAAAGCCUCAGUAAAACGUAGCCAGCCCCUUGGGGCUGCCAAGGCUCGGUUGUCUUCUUUUAGUGGGUUGGUGACCGGGGAUAAUGGGGAACGGAACCUCUGUUGCUCUGAAGGGUUCCUGCUAGCUGGACAGUUUUCUUGCUGUCGGGCUGCGCGUGCAGCGAUGCCCGUGGCUGGGAAGGUGCCCACGUAGGUGGUAGCGUCUCUCUGACCAACACAGUUGCAGCCCAAAGGAUUCUGCCGCCCAGCGGUCACCUGGGGAGAGCAUCUGUCCUGCUCCAGCUGUGCGGCUGGAGGAUCAGGGUGGAAGGGUCCCCAGAACAGGUUACAAAGGGGUGGCAGUUGGUUGGUGGUCUCAGCUGGAGUAGGAAGUGCAUCUUUCUUAAUGGACUGUUGUGUUUGCACAUGUGUGGGGCUUAAAGGAAAAAAGAGGGGCAAAAGGGUGGGUUACCAGGGGAAGGCAGAAUUCUCCGAAUCCCUUCCCCCUUCCUUUUAUUGCGCAACUGCAAUUCUGUUUUGGAAGCCU